AUGGGGCUUCUAGAACUGUGCGAAGAACUGUUCGGCACCGUCGACCUUUACCAAGUAUUGGGCGUGCGGCGCGAGGCCUCAGACAGCGAGGUCCGACGCGGCUAUCACAAGGUGUCCCUGCAGGUGCACCCGGAUCGGGUGGGCGAGGGCGACAAGGAGGACGCCACUCGCCGCUUCCAGAUCCUUGGGAAGGUCUACUCCGUUCUGAGUGACAAAGAACAGAGAACAUUAUACGAUGAACAGGGAACAGUGGACGAGGAUUCUGAUGUGCUCAGCCAAGACCGGGACUGGGAGGCCUAUUGGAGAUUACUCUUUAAAAAGAUAUCUCUGGAAGACAUUCAGGCUUUUGAGAAGACAUACAAAGGUUCUGAAGAAGAGCUGACUGAUAUUAAACAGGCCUAUCUGGACUUCAAGGGUGACAUGGAUCAGAUCAUGGAGUCUGUGCUGUGUGUGCAGUACACAGAGGAACCCAGGAUAAGGCACAUUAUUCAACAGGCCAUUGAUGCUGGAGAGGUACCGUCCUAUAAUGCCUUUGUCAAAGAAUCCAAGCAGAAGAUGAAUGCAAGGAAAAGGAGGGCUGAGGAAGAGGCUAAAGAAGCAGAAAUGAGCAGGAAGGAGUUGGGGCUUGAUGAAGGAGUGGAUAACUUGAAAGCAGCCAUUCAGAGCAGACAAAAGGAUCGGCAAAAGGAAAUGGACAAUUUUCUGGCUCAGAUGGAAGCAAAGUACUGCAAACCUUCCAAACGAGGAGGGAAAAAAACGACUUUCAAGAAAGAAAAGAAAUAA